AUGGCGCCGUUGCCCGUCAAUCAGCGCGACUACGAGCCCUUGGUCCUAGGUCCACUCUUGGAUCGUGGCAGCCAGCUCCAACCGGACAACUUGAUCAUCACGAAGACAAAGCUCGGUUAUCAGACACAGACCUACUUGGAGCACCAGCGCCGCUGCAAGCGCUUGGCUUCUGCGUUGCAACAGCGAGGCAUCCAGCUUGAAGAUCGAGUUGGAACGCUCCUGUGGAACACUGCAUGGCAUAUGGAGUGCUAUCAUGCCAUCCCUUGCAUGGGCGCAGUGCUGCAUACCUUGAACCUGCGUUUGGGACCUGCUGAUUUGGGCUACAUCAUCCAACAUGCCAAUGACCGUAUGAUCAUUUGCGAUUUCGACCUGCUGAAGCUCUUGGCCCAGGUGGAACCCUCCAUGCUGCAAGGAGUGGAGCUCUUGAUUUGUGUGGGGGAAGAUGGUGUGGCAAACGAAUGGGAGCUUCCUACAGGAUUGGAUUCGUCCAAGACUAUUGAUUAUGAAGAGUUUUUGAACUCUGGCGACCCAGAGUUUGAAUGGCCCAAGUUCCCAGAGACCACCACCAUGGGACUUUGCUACACUUCAGGCACCACCGGAAAGCCCAAAGGCGCUGCUUACAGUCAUCGGUCCACCUACCUGCACACGUUGGUUCUUGCUCAAGGUGAUCAGCUGUGCUUGAGAGGCUAUGAGGUGGUACUGCCCUUUGUGCCGAUGUUUCAUGUGUUGUCGUGGUGUUUGCCAUUUGCGAUGAUGAUGGGCGGUGUCCGAAGCGUCCUGACCUCGCGGUUCAUGGACCCGGCCACGAUGGUGCAGAUGAUCAUCGAUUGGAAGGUCGCUUUGUCCACUGGCGUUCCGACGGUGUGGCGUGGCGUCCGGAACUACAUCGAGCAGCAGGGGUUGGAGACCAUGCGCCCUCGCUUGGCCAGCUUCAAUCGACUCAUCUGCGCCGGCUCCGCGCCACCAAUGGAGCUGAUGAGAUGGUUCUUCCAGGAGCUUGGCGUCGAGUGCAUCCAAGGUUGGGGCAUGACCGAGACAAACCCGGUGGGCUCCAUUGCGCAGCGCGUGUGCAAGUAUUCAGACCUCAGCAAGACCGAAGAGGAGACGCUCAAGAACGUCACCAAGCAAGGCUUGCCCUGUCCUGGUGUACAAGUGCGCAUUGCUGACAUGGACGACUUCUCGCGCGAAGCGCCACGGGGAGAGGCUGGCGAGCUGAUGGUGCGGGGUCCAUUUGUCAUCCAGGAAUACUUCCAAACCGAAGCCCCCAACAAGUUCCACGAGGGCUGGUUGGCCACCGGCGACGUGGCCAAGAUCGAUCACGAGGGCGCCAUCGUCAUCACCGACCGUUCCAAAGACGUUGUAAAAUCGGGAGGUGAAUGGAUCUCGUCCAUUGACAUGGAGAAUCAGAUCUCUGCCAUGGCCGAGAUCGAAUCAGCAGCUGUGGUAGCUGCGUUUCAUCCGAAGUGGGACGAGCGUCCCAUCGCAGUCGUCACUCUUGCCAAAGAGGAACCUGGCCACCUCCUCUCAAAGGUGCGGCAGCAUUUGUCCAUGGCCUUUGCCAAGUUCCAGCUGCCUGAUGAUGUCCUGGUGUGGAAUGCUUUGCCCCUCACAGGGACCGGGAAGAUCGACAAGAAGGCGAUUCGUGCACAGCUGAAAGCGCAGAACUACCAAUUGCCUGAACUUAUAACUUCACCUCGGAAGGGAGGUUCAUAG